GGUCCCAUAAAAAGGACUAGGACUGGGUCCCAGACACCAGGCAAGUCCUUAGACUGCACCACAGGACAGAAGGCACGAUGGCACAGAAUGCUAAGAUCCAGGCUGCCUGUCUCCUGCUUCUCCUCAGCGCCAGCCUGGCCAGCAGCGCCUUUCUCCAGCAGCUGGCAAGACAGCCCGAUGCACUCCAGCCUGGGCACAGGGCAGAAGGCAGGGCCGAUGAGACGCUCCUGGCUCCAACGCGGACCAAGCGGGACACCUACUUACCAGUCUGCGUCUUCUGCUGCCGAUGCUGUAACAAUCGUAGCUGUGGCAUCUGUUGCAAAACAUAGUGCCAAGUGUCCAGUUCUCUCAGCACCCCUCGCCUGCCCCUCAGCCCCCAUUUAUUUAUGAACUCAAAAUAAAUGUGAUGAUUUUGUUUUCAAA